UCUCUCUUCCUCAGCGACAUUGUAGUGACCAAUUGGCCCUCCUUCACCAUGUCAUCUCACAAGACGUUCAAAAUCAGACGGUUUCUUGCUAAGAAGCAGAAACAGAAUCGUCCCAUACCACAAUGGAUCCAUAUGAAAACCGGCAAUAAAAUCAGAUACAACUCCAAAAGGAGGCACUGGAGAAGGGCCAAACUUGGCCUGUAAAGAGAAGCGGCCCCAACCCUCGCUACCUAUCCUGCAUUAAGACAUC